GGUGUGGUGGUGGCAGAAAGCAGAGAUGAGGUUUGCGCUGCUAUCGAGGAGGCUCUGGUGAACAACAAGUUUGGAACAGCUGGAAACACAGUUAUUGUGGAAGAACGGCUGGAGGGUCAUGAAGUUUCGGUAUUAGGGUUCUGUGAUGGUCGCACUGUUAAAGCAAUGGUGCCAGCUCAGGAUCACAAGCGAGCCCUGAACGGAGACCUGGGCCCCAACACAGGAGGGAUGGGAGCCUACGCUCCCUGCCUCCUUCUGUCUCCACGGGCGUUGAAGAGUGUAGAGGAGAACAUUUUGCAGCGUGCUGUGAAGGGACUCAGUGAGGAAGGAUGUCCGUUUGUUGGGGUUCUGUAUGCUGGUUUAAUGAUGACAAGAACUGGGCCGAAAGUGUUGGAAUUCAAUUGUCGCUUUGGUGAUCCUGAGACGGAAGUUUUACUGCCACUACUGGAAUCAGACCUGUAUGAAAUAAUGCUGGCGUGCUGUGAGGGCAGACUGGAAGAACAAAAUAUUGAGUGGGAGAAGAACAUGUCUGUGGUUGCAGUCAUCAUGGCGUCCAAGGGCUACCCAGAAUCAUCCAGCAAAGGGGACGUAAUUGAAGGUGUGAAAGACGUGAUGGAGAGUUCUGGCACUCAGGUGUUCCACUGCGGUAUGGGAAUGGUAGACGGUAAAUUGGUAACUGCUGGAGGCCGAGUGCUUGCUGUCGUCUCCAAGUCCGAAUCUUUGUCGAUGACUGCCACUCUGGCCACUGCCGCUUGCCAAAGGAUACACUUCCCCGGCGCUCAGUUCCGCACUGAUAUAGCCCACAAGGGGAUCCCAAGGUGGAUUCUGAAGCGAGGAAAGUUGACGUAUAAGGCAAGUGGGGUGGAUAUCGCGGCCGGGGAUGCUCUGGUGUCAACGAUCAAGCCAGCAGUGGCUGCCACGUCACGUGCCGGCGUGAUGGGACAGCUGGGAGGCUUUGCAGCAGCAUUUGACUUGAAAGAGGCUGGAUAUGAGGACCCUAUAUUGGUCUCGGGCACUGAUGGAGUGGGAACAAAGCUGAAGAUUGCCCAGGAAUGUGGACAGUACUCCUCUCUGGGUCAGGAUCUGGUGGCUAUGUGUGUCAAUGAUGUGCUGUGUCAAGGUGCUGCCCCUCUAUUCUUCCUUGAUUAUUUUGCGUGCGGCCAUCUUGCAGUGAAUGUUGCCGGAGAGUUUAUCAACGGUGUUGCUGAAGCAUGCAACCUAGCGGGGUGUGCUCUUGUAGGUGGAGAAACAGCAGAAAUGCCGGGAUUGUACAAGGAUGGAGACUUUGAUGUGGCAGGAUUUGUGGUGGGAGCUGUGGAGCGAAAACACUUAUUACCCCGAGUGUCGGAGAUUAGCGCCGGAGAUGUGGUGAUCGGAGUGCCCUCCUCUGGUCUACAUAGCAAUGGGUUCAGUUUGGUCCGCCGAGUCAUGGACCUGCAUGGCCUCUCCUACGAUAGCCCGUCUCCUUUUAGUAACAAGACUCUUGGGGAGGAGUUGCUGACACCAACCAAGAUAUACGUGAAGGAUGUGAUGCCGUUUAUAGACAAGGUGAAGGCCAUCGCCCACAUCACCGGUGGAGGUUUAGUGGAGAAUAUCCCUCGUGUACUGCCCUCAGAUGUCUCUGUGCGUCUGGACGCAUCUCACUGGCCUUUACCACCCGUCUUCGGUUGGCUCGCAGUUGCAGGUGGAGUGGGCAAGAAGGAACUGCUGCGCACAUUCAACUGUGGAAUUGGACUCGUGCUGAUUGUCGCCCAGAAAUAUGUGGAGGAUGUUCGCCGUGGGAUACCAAACGCUUUAGUUAUCGGCAAUGUCAAGAAAAGAAAUGAAGAUGAGCCUCAGGUGAUAGUGAAGAAGUUUGGAGAAUUGUUCGAGACACCCAUGCUGCCUCAUGUCAGUUCCCAUGUCACUCAACUGUCAGCCAGGAAGCGAGUGGCAGUGCUUAUCUCUGGUAGUGGCACUAACUUGCAGGCACUUAUAGAAGCUACAGCUGGUAAUGCCAGUGUCGCCAUGGGGGCUCACAUUGUUCUAGUGAUAUCCAACAAACCUGAUGUCAAAGGUUUGAAAAGGGCUCAGAAAGCUGACAUAAAAACUGAGGUUAUCAAGCAUACUGACUAUCCUAGCCGACUCGAGUUUGAUCAAGCCAUCCAUGAGUGUCUGGUCGCCCACAAGGUGGACAUUGUCUGCCUUGCUGGUUUCAUGCGGGUGUUGACUGGCGAGUUUGUGCGGAAGUGGCGCGGGCGCAUGAUCAACAUCCACCCAGCACUGCUACCACUGUUCAAGGGCACGCACGCACACAGGCAGGCUCUGGAGGCUGGCGUCAGGGUCACCGGCUGCUCCGUGCAUUUUGUCGAGGAAGACAUAGAUAAUGGUGCCAUCAUCGCUCAGAAGGCUGUAGACAUACUACAAGGAGACACUGAGGACAGUUUGAGUGAGCGAGUGAAGCUUGCGGAGCACGCCAUCUACCCACAAGCCCUUAAACUACUCGCUACUGGAAAAAUACAUCUGGAUGAAAAUACUAAUAAGAUAGUCUGGAACUAACUCUCUGAUCUGUCUAGUCAGGUAUUAACCCUAGAUCUGGUGCCACCGUAAAAGUUCAAAAUGAUCAUUAUAUCAGCACUAUGCAAGCCUACAUUAUUUUUAAAUCACAAAGAAUAUAUGCCAUGCUCAAAUAUAUAUAUAUAUAUUUAAUAUAUAUAAUUUUUUUGUUAGGAAUUAUAAAUUACAGCGGUAAUGUGAAAAUUGUAAAUGAGAUUAAUGUAAAUGUUUGGAUCUUUCACACUAAAUCUUCUUUAUUCCCUUUUUUGGGAUAGUAAAAUAAAAAAGAUCCAAAAUACCAAACUUUUACAUGGAACAAAUAUAUGAACUUAUUUUUUUUAUUUGCAAAAUCAAAAUAAAUUGUUUUGCAUAAACCAAAACCUUUUUAGUAUCAAAUUUGAAAUCAUCAACACAAAAAGUGCUCAUGUCUAAUGUUGAUAAAUGUUUUGUAUUUUUUAUCGUUUUUGUAUUUUAUAAGCUUUUAAACAAGCCUAAGUUUUUAAAUUUGUAAAAAAUUGAACCAUCAAAACUAAAAAUAAAGUGUUUGAUUAUUUUUCUUAUUUGAAAACUCAGAUUUCUAACCCAAAAAUAAAAUAGAAAAAUUUGUGAUAUGUUUACCCUUACUGUAGAUCAUUAAUCACAAUGUAACAGAUGUGCAAAAAAUUACAAAGUGGUAAAAAUAAAUAUUAAGUUGUUGCGGAGCACAAAAUAAAAAAAUCUGCACGAAAUAACACAUUUUGUAAACACUACACUGUACUUUGUAAAAACUAUCACAUUAUUACUAUCAUUAUUAUUGAAAGAAUGCGAUUACUAGCACAACCAAACUAAAUGGGAAAAUAACUAGGCUACUUUCACGGAUGACACUAAUUUUUAUUUUCGUUUUAACAGAAAUACAAACUCUUAAUUUCUGCCUACUUGUAACCCAAAAUAUCUUUAUGUACAUCAAUGUGUAAAGAACCAAUGAUUUUUUUCAUUACGAUAACUCAGUAACUAAAUGUGAAAGCCAACAUUUAUUGGCCAUAUGUCAACGUGUGGGCGUACUGGUAUAGAAGUAUCCAUUGUAGGAUUUGCAACGAAAAUUCUAAAACAAAUGUAUUCACAGUAGAAGCAAUCAGUUUUGUACAACAGAAAUAGAUUGUAGACGUACAUGUGACUCCACCAGAUUUAGUGUUAACUUCCUAUAGAUGAGCUUUAUCAUGACUGAAAUUAAUGUUUCUACAAAUAUUGUGUUAUAUUAGUUAGAUUAUGCCUAAUACAAAUACUUUACAUUUUGACAUUUAUAAUGAAAGUAAUGUUCAUGCCAUAAAAAAUUUGAAAUUAUUCUUAAAUUUGGUAGGAAUGCUGCACUGCCACACUAUAUUAAUAUAUUUAAGAAUGUUUUAAAAUUAUUGUAUUCCACUAAAAAGGCAAUCAGUAUGAUUUAUUGUAUUUUUUUGUUUGAAGGAAUACAAAAAUUAAAGUGUAUUGGUUUUUUAUAACUGUAUAAAUUAUACAGAAAAAAUAUUUUAAAAGUGCCUAGUAAAGUUUUGAAAAAAUACAUGACACUGUACCAGCAUUGCACUUUUGAGUGGAGAGUCCAUUUAAUCAGAAAAUGUUAAAAAGAAGCAAAACUUUGUACUGAUAAAGAAAAUAUAGAAUUUCUUCAACAACAAUUUUUCUAAAAUGAAUGUAUAUUGCAAGAUAUUGUUUGUAUUGAAAUGAACUGCACUAAAUCAUACAGGUAACAUAGCAUAUCCUGGUAUAUAAAUAAUUGAGAUAAAGUAUUACAUAUAACCGUUAUUAUUUAUUAGAAAAAUACAAGGAACACAGUAUUGUGAAUAAUGCAACAAAGCACAGUUAACUGGCCUUUGAAGCCAUGUAUUCAUGUUUUUUUUUUAAAUUGAUUAAAAUUGUCAGUUUUCAUGAACUUAUCUAAGUUGAUUGAUUGAAAAUGUUGAAUGAAACUGGUUUAAAUUGUCAAUUUUAAUUCGAGUCAUCAAAGACAAUGGAUUGUUUUUCGGUCAAAUGAGAUUCAUUUUCAAAAGAUCUGUCGAUUGCUGCAUGUGCAGUUAACAGGCUUUACUUACAGCAUUUAUCAGCUCAAAGUUAUUAACGUUGGUGUUAGUAGUCGUUGAUGUUUUUACGACACAAGCCACUGUUACAGUCGUUAACAAUUAUAAUACAGCACUUCACUUAUCAUAGUACUGAAUACUGUGUUUUACAGUAAGUGUAAAGGAAAUUAAAUGAAAAUCCCCUUUAGUUCUUCAAGUGAAGUUAGAACUACAUAGCCCUUUCUUACACUUAACCUGAAAAGUAAGCUAUUUGCAACAUUUAUGCUACUAGUGAGCUAAAAAACAAAGAGUGUUCUUUCAAUAUCUUGUUCAUUUAUAAAUAGGUGUUUGUUUGUAUUCAUGGCAUUAUUUUUCAUUUUUGCUGUUGUUUUUCUCCAAUUAUGUCCGACUUUUUCUUAAAGUUUUUCAAAGUCCCAAAAAGUUGAUAUUUAUUAUUGAUUUUUUGCAUAAAAUACUUUUGUGUGCCAUUUAAAAAUUUAUUAUUUUUAAAAUUAUAAAGUGCAUUUUCCUUUUACGUUUUUAAAAUUAUUUUUUUUAUCAUUUUUGUGUGAUUUAUGAUAAAAAUUGAGAUAUAAAUUGACAGUUGAAAUUAAACUAGUGUUUAUAGACAAAAUAUGUUAUAUUUUUGUGUAAACAUUUUAACAAAUUUUUUAUCUGCAGAAAAUAUUUACAACUAUGAUAAAUCAACUCCAAUAUUUUACUAUAUUAUAGUUAAAAAGUACAGUUUUGGGAAUAUCUGUCAAUCAUUAUUGCACAUAAGAUCAAAUAUUUGGGAUAUACUGUUUUUUAUUAGGUAGUUUGAUUUUAAUUUGAAGUUUAAUUGAUGUUGAAAAAUUAUAUUUAGAAACAAAAACUUAUUUAUGGUUUAGUGUACUCAAUAUGACAUUUUGAUUUCUUUAUAGUUUUGUUUUUAUUGAGAAAAUUAUUGUUAUUUAGGUCUAAGCUUAGUUACAUUAAUUUUAACUUCUACAGGGUAAAAAGAAUUCUUGUUGCUGUAUGAUUUAUUUAGUUUUUAAAAUUACCAUUAUGGAAGUAAAUAAAUAACUCAACAACGUAUCAUAUAUUUUGUAAAAUUCCAAAUCUCAGAGACAGCUAAUCCAAAUGUAUAAUGUAUUCAAUGGGAUUUUAUAUUUUUAUAAAUGUUUUGUAUUGUUAAGUUUAAGAGAUCUGUUUAUACAUUCCUCACUUUUGUACGUCCAACAACGUUUUUUGUUCUUUUACAUUAUACAUUGUUACAACAUAUAA